CGUGAUCCAAGAUUUGAUGAUUUAUCUGGAAAAUUUUCCAGGACAAACACUUUAUGAAAAAUUACUCUUUUCUUAAUGAUGUUAAAAGUAAAGAGAAAUUGCUUGUGCAGAAAAAGAUGAAGAAGACCAAAGAUGAAGACAAGAAGAAAGAACUGGCAAAAUUGCUCAAUAGAAUGAAUCAACAGGAGCAGAUAGAGCAGAAAAAGAGACAUAGAAUGGAAAUGGAACAACAGUGGAAGGAGAAAGAGAAACAGUUGGUGAAAGAUGGAAAGACACCUUACUUCCUAAAGAAAUCUGAAAAGAAGAAACUAGAGCUUGCAGAGAAAUACAAGGAGUUACAGAAAUCAGGGAAAGUGGAUCAGUACAUGAGUAAGAGACUGAAAAAGAAUGCACAAAAGGAGAAGAAAAAGUUACCAGGAAGACAUCAGAGAUUUAUGUGAAAUAGUCAUUAUUCAAUACAUCAUACAUUCAG